GAAAAAAAAAAACAAGGCAAACGUGCUGUUUUGAAUGAGACACAACAACAAGAAGAGGAAAAAAGUGCAGUCUCGCUAAUCAUCUUUUACUGAAUGUUUACACACAUGUUUUAGAAAUAGCGAAUGGCGUCGACUUUACUGUCACCAAUGGUGGAUUAUUAUAAUGAUGAAGAGGAGCUGGACAGCGUGGACGAGGACGAUGACCGAAGUUUCAGAGGCAGAGACUCGGAAGAAGACACUGAAGACGCCAGUGAGACAGACCUGGCCAAACACGACGGGGACGACUAUGUGGAACUUAAAGAGCAGAUGUACCAGGACAAACUGGCAUCGCUGAAAAGGCAGCUGCAACAACUGCAAGAAGGCACCCUGCAGGAGUAUCAGAAGAGAAUGAAGAAACUUGAUCAGCAGUAUAAAGAAAGACUUCGUAACGCAGAUCUCUUCCUUCAACUUGAGACGGAGCAGGUGGAGAGAAACUACAUCAAAGAGAAGAAAGCGGCGGUGAAGGAGUUCGACGACAAGAAAGUGGAGCUGAAGGAGAAUCUAAUCGCAGAGCUGGAGGAGAAGAAGAAGAUGAUCGAAAAUGAGAAGUUAACCAUGGAGCUGACCGGAGAUUCCAUGGAGGUGAAGCCCAUCAUGACUCGUAAGCUGAGAAGGCGACCUAACGAUCCCGUCCCCAUUCCAGACAAACGCAGAAAACCUGCUCCUGCUCAGCUAAACUACUUGCUUACAGAAGAGCAAAUAAUGGAGGACCUGAGGACAUUAAACAAGCUCAAAUCACCAAAAAGACCAGCCUCCCCUUCCUCUCCUGAACACCUCCCAACCACGCCCAUGGAAAGCCCCACGCAGCGCUACGAAGCUCGAAUAGAAGACGGAAAACUCUACUAUGAUAAAAGAUGGUACCACAAGAGUCAGGCCAUUUAUCUGGAGUCGAAGGACAACACCAAGAUCAGCUGCGUCAUCAGUUCUGUAGGCACCAGCGAGAUCUGGGUGAGGAAGACCAGCGACAGUACGAAGAUGAGGAUUUAUUUAGGUCAGCUCCAGCGUGGUGCCUUCAUCAUCAGACGCCGUUCAGCAGUGUAGAGACUCUUUCCCUUCCUCGUCCUCCAUCACUCUUCCCGUCAUCGCACUUGUCUCUCCAUCUCUCACGGACGUGCUGCAGAGAAAUAAAAACUCCAGCGCUCUGCCGUCGCUCUUUCAAUCCUCUCCGCCUGCUCAGCGCUUGAAAGCCUCAGGACUGUCAAAGAAAUUCCUCGACGCUUUAUUCUCCAUUCACAAUCAUGUUUCCGUACGGACACGUUUCUCCUGCCGGUGCGAUCGUUCAGCGAGGAGCAGACGACGACGAGGGAAAAACGCCUCACUGUUUUAUCAAUUUCUCUUGUACAGUUUUUGUCUUUUUUUUUUUUUUUUUUUUUGGUAAACCAGUAAGUGUCAGAACGCAUCUUCCCCCAGUAUCCCAGAUCCAUUGAUUUUGAUUGACAGAUGACUAUAGAGAAUAAGAGUAGAACCGAAUUAUUUUUACACAUUUUAAUCUUUAAGAAUAGGUUUAAGGUAAAAAAAUAUCAAAUUACACAAAUACCACAUUUGCCCAGUUUUGUUUUUGUAAAUAUUACUAUUUCUUUAUGCUUUUGUCAGGCGAUUGUUUAAAUACAUCUCCUUUUUAAAUAAAGAUUUUUUGAGUA